CAGAAACGAUUUCGUACUACAUUUACUAAUGGACAGUUAGAAGAACUAGAGAAAGCUUUUGCAAUUACUCAUUAUCCGGAUGUAUUUACUCGAGAAGAAAUUGCUAGUCGAGUUGAUUUGACUGAAGCAAAAGUACAGGUAUGGUUUCAAAAUCGGCGUGCAAAGUGGAGAAAGCGACAG